CAAUCAUUUUCACAUCUACACACGUUUUCAUCAUAUUCACUAUCAUCUUUUUAUUAUUUUAUAUUUUUAUUUUUCUGGCAUCAUGUGAACUUCCAACAGCUUCUCUCUGUUCCCCCCCCCCCCUCUUAUAUUCUCAAUCUUUCAUAUAACUCCAUAAGCUUCUUCCAUUUAUUCCUUGCUUCUAUUUCCUGAAAUUGUUCUACUCACUCAUCUAAAAUCAACACCAGGUAUGGGUAAUAUCUUCUCAAUCUCACUUUCACUCGAUACAAUCAUUACCCGUUGCUGGGAUUGUGCUGCUAGACAGGCAAGUUAUAUAUGCAACCUCGAAGAUAACCUCCACGCUUUAAAAAAUGAAGUGGAAGAAUUGAAGGCGACCAUGAGGGAUCUGACAAGCAGGGUCAGGGCAGCGGAACAUGAGCAGCAACUUAAGCGGCUACCCCAAGUUGAUUUUUGGCUUCAGAGGGCUGAUUGUGUGGUACCCGAUGCUGAUCAACUGAUUGUCCAAGGUCCUCAGCAUGUUGAAAAGUUAUGUAUGGGAGGUUGUUGUUCCAGGCAUCCCAGGUCCACCCACAAGUUCGGGACGCAAAUCGCCAGAAUACUCCAAGAGGUGAAACACCUGAAGGAGAAUGGAGAUUUCAGUGAUGUGGCCUGCAAGCCACCAAUUCCUUCCGCAACUAAACGACCUUCUGAGCCAACUGUGGGUUUAGAGGCCAAUUUCAAUGAGGUUUGGAACUGUCUUCAAAAGGAACAUGUGGGAAUUAUUGGCAUAUAUGGUUUAGGAGGAGUUGGCAAGACAGCCCUCCUAAACCAAAUCAAUAACAAAUUCCAUGAUAUGUGCCAUGAUUACCAUGUCAUUUGGGCAGUUGCAUCGCAAGAUCGGCCAAUUGAGAAAGUUCAGGACCAGGUUGCCAAAAGAAUAGGCUGUUAAGCAUUGGCCUGCAAUGCAACAAACUUCCAGCAGCAGCAUGACUGUUUGAAGAUUGAACCAGAAGCUACUUUCUUUUGUUUAAAUUUUGUAUUUUUUGUGAUGUUAACAAGUUGGCAAGUUGCUUGAUAUUUAAUGAUAGUACUUUUAGAUUUGAAAAUGAUGGAUGUAAUAGCUGAUUUAUUUUCAGCUUUUGACUUGUAUUAUUUUAGUUGGCAACUUGCCAAAUUUGGUGGGAGUAGUUACGUUUAGGUAACUACUUGCUUUUGUAACUCUUAUAUAUUUUGUAAUGGAAAUGAAAGCAAUGGACUUUCUUAUUCGGUCA